AUGUCUUCCGCUCAGCCUGUCGACGAAUCAGACCGGCGUCAUCCUCGACGUCGAGUACUUAAUCGUCCUCCGCCCUCGCUCUCGAGUGACUCGUCACCACCCCAUCUACUCCCGUCGAAUCUGCGCUUGAUUAAAGGAGAAACUUUCCACUCUUCCAACCGACCCAGAUCCGACCGUGAUCCCAUCCUAGAUUUAAAACUGUUACCACGCCGCUCUCCAACGUGUCCUAAAGCCCUGGAAGCUAUAGCUGCCGGCCAGCGGCGUAUGGCCCAUAUUCUUAACCGCUUCGAUCUCGACUCUCUUUCAACGCGCGACUCAUUGGAAUCCCAAGACGAACUCCCUGUUCCUCGAGGCAUUUUGAGGACACAUGUUAAAUCCAGUGCUUCUAAGGAGGAUUCUACCAAGCAAUCUGAACCUACUCCACAGGAGCCCAAGGAGUCACACAAGAAGAUUCGAAGAGUGAAUCACCACACAUCCGACAGCGGCCUAGGCAGUUCUAUUGGCAGCGCCGAAACCAUGUCAUCUACUAAGGGCAACGUGACAGCUGGCCAAGUGUGCCAAGCUAGCGUUGGACACAAACUGUCUGCUACUGCCCGCGUUGAGAUACAGGGCCGUAUUCUUUUCCCCCUGCUUAUGAAGGAUAAGUUUCAGCUAUUCCAUCCUCUUGUCCGAUGCGCCCAUCAGCAAAUCGAAAAACAGCAGCUCAAAUGUUUGCGUGAUGUUGAAAAGACCCUUCUCUUUUCCACUCCUGACGUGAAAGCGCCCACUGCAGCCUGGUACUCCUUCUGCCGAUUCACGAUUCACUGCCUUCACGAGACUUCUGGUUAUCUUCGGGGCAGAGAUUUGACCUUGCCCAACGAUGUGCCAUAUUCGAACAACUACUUCCUCGACCUUAUUACGCAGAUCAACCGCUUCGCCAGGAUUCGAGACGCAACCCGGUCCCGACAGGAAUCUGCAACCAACGGCGAAAAGGCCGCUAAGUCCCUGUAUGUUCAUGUCCUUGGUUUCUGGAAGAUGAUGGCUGAUUUCAAUAAUAGUGAACCCCGACUUACUCUUGAGGGUGGAAUGUCCGAGACUGGACGGCCUGCUGAGUUGGUCAUGCACAAGGAUGGCAAGUCCAUCUCCCUACAGACGGGAAAGCCAUACGACGAGCACGCCAUCCCAACCUUCAAGCGCACCCUGAGUGUUGAAACGGUUGACGAGGGAGUUGAACGGUCCAUGGCCCGUCGCAAGAAGAAUGCUCCCCCGAUGGAUAUCAACCAGAAGUGCCAGUUCUGCGACAAAGUCUUGAAGCGACCAUGUGAUCUUACUAAACACGAGAAGACCCACUCGCGUCCUUACAAGUGCCCUGAAAGGGGAUGCAAGUAUUUCGAACUGGGCUUUCCGACCGAGAAGGAGACGGAGCGUCAUUACAAUGACAAGCACUGCAAGAACCCCCGGCUAUUCAGAUGCCAUCAGCCUGGCUGCACCUACGCAUCUAAGAGGGAGAGCAAUUGCAAGCAGCACAUGGAGAAGACGCACGGUUGGGUGUAUGAACGGACGAAGAACAACGGCAAGAAUAAACCUGUCAAGCAAGGGUCCGCUCAGCCUACCCCCCAAAGCAGCGGUAUUCCAUCUCCUGCUGCCUCCCACCCGACAGGUGAUUUCUCUACACCCACGACGGGCCCCACUGUUUCCCCCAGUGAACCUCCUAUCGCCUUCCCUGAAACAAUACCGUUCUCAUUCGCCGACCCUCCCGUUCCGACCCAGACCGAGGACUUUCAAUUAUUUUCAAACAGCCCCACUUCGCUUGGUGGUUCUCCCUACCAUAACAUGAGUGAUGCCCAGGGGUUUCCACCUGGCGCAAACUUCGACCUGAACCAGCCCCAAGUGCCCGGUAUUGGAAGUCCUGCCUCCGGAUCGAGCGAGUUUCUCACACCACCCUCUGGAAGCACUCACUCCCCCUACGAUCCUAUCAAUCCAUUCCCCGACAGCUCGAUGUUCUCAUUUGAGCCGUACAUGCAGCCUAAGACCGAGGAGAGCUUGUUGUUCGUGAGCGGCGGAUUUGGCGAUGUGCCUAGUAUGUUCGAGCAGAAUCCCAUGGAUUUUCUGACCGACCCGAUGUACAACUCAAACUUUAUGGGCUAUGAGACUGUCCAGCCGCAGCUUGAGGCCAAUCCAAAUGCGCAGUUUGGACUGGAUGGUUGGGAUGAUUUCAUGUGCAAACCCGACCAAUCUUCCAUGUAA